GGGGCACCACGCGUCACACGAGCCUCCGCGAGCGAACUGAUAACUUGUUACCGAUGUAUUUUUACUAAGUAGUCUGUAUUGCGUACACAAAUAUAUGCAACAAAGUGCCUUUCCGCCCGUUCAGCUGUAUUCUACACGUGGAAUUAUUGUAAAUGGCGAGACUGUAAACAAACAUACGUCUGAAAAUUAUGAAAUAAUUUGCCGGAGGUAUGGUGUGACGCUCUACUGACCUCUUCUAGAAGAUGACAAGGAUAUCAUUCGCGAACAAUGGCUCCAGAUGCGGAGGACUGCGAACAGGUGGAACGGCUCAAUGUAAACUAUCAAGAAGUACCAGUACACCAAGGCAGACGGGUCCUGCCAGAAGAGCCGCCGCCAGCGCAGGCCUGGGCUGAAAACGAGGAGUUGGGGCUUUGCAGCGAUAGCAGAACCAACAGCCCAGGGGAGAACCGACGACUCCUCGGAAACAAGCCUCUUCAGAAAUCCUCCUGCCGGCUUCAAGCUGGUCUUACCUUAGGUGUUUGGGGAGUUAAGAAACCUAGAUACCCAUCAAUCAAAACUGGAAUAAAAACACAGGCGAAAACGAAGUUUCAAAAGAGGAAGGAAAAGUUAAAAGAUGCUCUACGGCCCCCAUACUUCAUCAUCACGAUGCUGUUUUUAAUUGUGAUGGUGCAUCUUUGCGGUCCGGACGAAUGGCGCGCAAAGCUGGAGUGGGCCCCGGGCCCGUGGUGGCAGGAGCCGUGGCGGCUGCUCACGUAUGGGUUGGUGCACGCAGGCGCCGCGCAUCUCGCGAUCAACGCCCUGGUGGCGCUCACUGUGGGCUGGCACUUGGAGCGCGAGCAGGGCUGGUCGCGCGUGGCGCUGGUGUGGCUGGGCGGCGUGGCGGCGGGAGCGCUGGGUGCCGGCGCCUUGCAGCCGCGCGUGCGCGUGGUGGGCGCAUCGGCCGCCGUGUACGCGCUGCUGACCGCACACCUGCCCAACGUGUGCCUCAGAUUCGGCCACAUUCCGCUGUGGUGGUUCCGGCCGCUCAGCGUGGUGGUGCUGGGCGCGUCGGAGGGCUGCUGGGCCCUGCUGCGUGCUCCCGAGCCGCACGUGUCGUACCACCACGUGGCGUGGGCGGCGCACGCACUGGGCGCCGCCGUCGGCGUGCCGCUGGCCUUCCUCGUGUUCACGGGAGAAAAUUCACCCAAAAGAAGCAUUACAGUGUGUAGAGUAUCGUCGGUGCUACUGCUAGCAACAGGUGUUCUCGCAGCUAUUGCCUACUAUAUCUUCUGGUAUGAGGUCGAUCCAUUGACUUGACAAGAGAAGAAGAUGAAGUUUUGGAUUCGUUGAUUUUUACUCCUUUUGUGAGAAGAACCACUUAAUGUUUUAGGGGGCCUUGAUGUCAGCUCUUCGUCCUUUCAAUUGAGGACGCGAGUUGAUUGUGUUAAUAUGUUAUGAAUUUGACAACGUUGGCUUGCAAAGAGCAGGAAAGACUGAAAAGAAAAGAAGCUUAAAAAGAAACGUGACCGCACUUACAUGAUGUGUGAUCAUUAAAAGAAUACUAUUAGUUUGAAAUAUAUGAUAAUCGAAAACAUCAGAAGCGGAAACAACUUUCAAUAUUGAGAACAUUAUGAAUAUAAUAAUUAAAGUGUAAUACAAAAAACGAUAACAACUAAAGUCUUCCAAAAGUGUAAUAAAGUAAUUUUAAACAUUAAGGACUUGUACUUAAGCGGUUAAGUAACGUACGUAUUACUGAAGUCAAACUAACCAAAGUGAUUUUAUUAGACCUAAGAAUAAUUAAAGCUGAUUGAUGUUGUAAAUGUGAUAAAAUAACAUCAAUAAUUUGUUAAUCGCUAGAUAACUUUAUUGCACGGGACAUAAGUGCAAAUUAUGAGAAAAAUUAAACACUUGCAGUGAAGAAUAAUCUUCAAAUAGUUCAUAAAGUUAUCUAACAUUACUGUGACCUUAAUUACUUGUUUGUAAUUUCUAUGAAAUUAUUAGAGUUAAGUUCCAAUCGUUUUGUAUCAAAACAUUUUAUUUCUUAUUAUUAACUAUACAUUAUGUAAUGUGAUAAUCAUUGUCGUUGACAUCAUUAAUGAAUUGUUGCAUGUGUAAAUUAAAUCAAUGAAGAAUAUUUCUAUCAUGAGAAUAUUGUGAUAUGAAAACAAAAGCGGACAACCAAAGAGAUUUUUAAUCUAGUCCAUUUUUAAACGAAGUCAAGUGUAGUGUUAAGAUGUUUUCAAUUGGUUGGAGUUUUUUUAGUCCUUAAAAUUAGAGUGUAUAGAUUAAUACUUUAUAUGUAUUGCAUAUCAAUUAUUGUUUUAUCUUACAAGGAUAUACCGUUUUAAAUGUUAUCCAUUGUCAUUUAAGGGACUCAAAUGAUACCUUCUGAAGUGUUCGUAGAUAAGGGAUAUAUAAUUCCUUUUUCUAAAUUUUACAAUGUGCAAGUUACGUUCAAGUUUUGAUGUUAAAUAAACAGUUUUGUAGUAAUUAAUCCUAAUAUUAAUUAUAUUCUUUAUAUAGUCCGUGUGUUGGCAACAUUAUUGUGACCUGUUUGUUAAUAAAAGCCAUUUUU